GACAUGCGUCCGAGGGUGCAGCCUUUCAAAACAACAACGAAGCAUGCUGCGUCAAGUGCACCUCAAAGUAACCUAGAAAUUUUGUCCAAGUCAAAGGGCAGGGCGAAAUUGCAGGGAAGAAUGUCCGAGGGCUCGUCAAUGGAUCGCAUCAAACGCAACGCCCAAGAGGCCAAAGAAACCAUCGAAGCCCUAAAGACCGAGCUGGGCGUGAUUAACCGGGACUACAACAGCAUUCUAGCCAAGCAGCUUAAGGAGGAAAACGCGCGGCUGCAAGCCGCCGUUGAUGAAGCCAGAAAGAAGCUUAUCGGACUAGAAAUCCAGAACGGGGUGAAACAGGUGCCGCUUCCCGAACAGAAGCAGUUGGAGCCGCGCGUCAGCACGCCGCAGCCCCCCGAACCUGCCAAGCCAAAAAAGAAGAAGGAACCCAAAGAGCCCAAACCUUCCGCAGACCUGCCAGUGGACAUCGGGCGUCUGGACUUGAGAAUCGGGAAAGUGGAGGACGUCCAGCGGCAUCCAGACGCCGAUGCUCUCUACGUCUUGAAGAUAAACUGCGGCGAGGCGCAGCCCAGAACCGUCUGCUCGGGCCUGGUCAAGUACAUCCCCAUUGAGGAACUGAGGGACCGCAGUGUCCUAGUGCUGUGCAACUUGAAGCCUGUUAAAAUGCGCGGAAUUACCUCAGAAGCCAUGGUCAUGUGCGCCAGCAGCCCGCUAGGAGUGGAAGUUCUCAUUCCUCCCCCAGGCUCACAGCCCGGAGAUCUGGUGGAGUGCCAGGGCUUCGCCAGGCAACCAGACGCUGUGAUGAACCCCAAGAAGAAAAUCUUUGAAACGGUGGCACCGGAUCUGCACACCAACGACCAGCUGGAGGCCUGCUAUAAGGGUGUGCCACUCAACAACCCGGGCAAGGGCAAUUUUGUGUCAAAAUCCCUGAAAAAUGUUCCUGUUAAGUGAAGUUAAAAAUAAACCAACUAGUUAAGCAAAGAAAA